ACAUCCAGCAUGGGGACUUGGAAGGUCUUUUGGUUGAUCAUCUCCCUUGCAGCGAGUUUGGGCUCUGUCAAGUCACAAAAGUUUGUCUGCAGGGAGGCCUCUGUGGGAGAUGUGGUGUUUCUGGUGCACGGUAGCGUCAACCCCCAGCGUGCCCGCAGCGUGCGGAGCUUCUUGUAUGCCUUGGCCAACAGUUUCCAGGUCGGCCGCGAAGCCAUCCGCGUGAGUCUGGCCCAGUACAGCGACACGCCUGCUUCUGAGUUCCUGCUUUCCACGUACCACCGCAAAGACGACGUGCUGAGACACAUCCAGCGAUUUCAGUUUAAGCCCGGAGGCAACAAGUUGGGCCAGUCCUUGUGGUUCAUUCUGGAGCAUCACUUCCAGGAAGGAGCCGGGAGCCGGGCAAGCCCACGGGUGCCUCAGAUGGCCGUGGUGAUAAGCAGCGGUCCAGCAGAGGACCACAUCCGUGAACCUGCCGAAGCUUUAAGGAGGGCAGGGAUUUUGCUGUACACUGUUGGUGUCAGAGAUGCCGUUCAGGCUGAGCUCAGGGAGAUUGCCAGCAGUCCCAAGGAUAAGUUCACCUUUUUUGUUCCCAACUUCCCCGGCUUGCCUGGCCUCGCCCAGAAGCUCCGGCAAGAACUCUGUAGUACUCUAGCAAAGGCGGCUCAACCCACUGAGCACAGGCCUCCAGCUUGUCCAGAAGCAUCCCUGGCUGACAUUGUGUUUUUAGUGGACAGCUCAACCAGCAUUGGACCCCAGAACUUCCAGAAAGUAAAGCAUUUCCUUCACUCUGUUGUCUCGGGGCUUGACAUCAGCAGUGACCAUGUCCAAGUGGGGCUGGUCCAGUACAGUGACAACAUCUACCCAGCCUUUCAGCUGAAACAGUCCUCUCUGAAAAGUGCAGUCCUGGACCGGAUCCAGAACCUGUCCUAUAGCACAGGGGGCACAAAUACAGGAAGUGCCCUGGAGUUCAUCAGGACCGACUACUUGACUGAGCUGAGUGGCAGCCGGGCCAAGGAUGGGGUCCCUCAGAUAGUUAUCCUGGUGACGGAUGGGGAAUCGAACGAUGAGGUCCAGGAUGCAGCUGAGCAGCUGAAAAGAGAUGGAGUCUUUGUGUAUGUGGUAGGGAUCAACGUGCAAGAUGCCCAAGAGUUGCGGAAAAUAGCCAGUGUGCCAUUUGAGAAGUUUCUCUUCACUGCAGAAAGCUUUGCCAUCCUGCAGGAGCUCUCAGGAAGCCUCCUUCAGGCUCUGUGCUCGGCUGCGGAGAGACAGAUGAAAAAGUCUGCCAAGGCCUACGCAGACGUGGUCUUUCUAGUUGACGCCUGCCAGGGGACAUCACAGGCCAGCUUCCAGUGGGUGCAGAACUUCGUCUCUGGAAUCAUCGGUACCCUGGAGGUUGGCAAGGACAAGUACCGGAUCGGGCUGGCCCAGUACGGCGAUCGAGGUUACACGGAGUUUUUGCUUAACACCCACAAGACCCGGGAUGAGAUGAUCACACACGUCCGUGAGCACUUGGUGCUCCGAGGUGGCUCCAGGAGGACAGGCCAAGGCCUUCGGUUUCUUCAGCAGACUUUCUUCCAGGAGGCAGCAGGAAGCCGCUUCUUACAGGGUGUCCCCCAGUACGCAGUGGUCAUUACCUCAGGCAAGGCUGAGGAUGAGGUCCGAGAUGCCGCACAGACCCUGCGGAAGAGAGGCGUGGACGUCAUAUCUGUGGGGGUGCAGGACUUUGACAGGACGGAACUGGAGGAGAUAGGAUCCCUGGUGUUUGUGUCUGACCCUCGGGGAGGAGAUCGAGACAGACAGCUAAUAGGGGUCAUGAGUGAGGUGAUCCAGGGGACACGGCAGCCCCAGGUCAGGAUGGAGGCUGCCGAGGAGGCCGCAGGAGCCUGUCAGACUGUCCUUCCAGCUGACUUGGUGUUCCUCGUCGAGGAAUUCAGCCAUGUCGGGCAAUCCAAUUUCCAACAAGUUGUCCAUUUCUUGAAGACCACUGUUGACUCUCUCACCCUCCAUCUUGACGCCAUAAAAAUCAGCUUGGUCUUUUACAGCAAGGAACCACGGCUAGAGUUUUCUCUGGAUACAUUUCAAAGUCCUGCCCAAGUCUCACGCCAUUUGGACACGUUAACCUUCCGAGGAAGAAGAGGAAGGGCGAAGGCAGGUGCCGCCUUGGAUUUCUUGAGGAAUGAAGUCUUCACUCCAGAGAAGGGCAGCCGGUCCAAUCAAGGCGUGAGGCAGAUAGCUGUGGUCAUCAUGGAAAAUCCCUCUCUAGACAACGUGUCCACACCUGCUUCUCACCUCCGCAGGGCUGGCGUCACCAUCUACACGGCGGGCAUCCAGCCCGCCUCUGAGAGUAAGGACCUGGAGAAGAUUGCCUCAUACCCUCCCUGGAAGCACGCCAUCCGCCUGGAGUCCUUUCUGCAACUCCCUGUCGUGGGAAACAAACUUAAAAACAGGCUCUGUCACGAGACUGUGAGCAAAAUCUAUCCUCAGAUGAGCUAUUCCCUGCAAAGAGUGCAAGAAGGUUGUCCCCAUGUGGAGAAGGCGGACAUUUACUUCCUCAUUGAUGGAUCUGGCAGCAUCAGGCCAACAGACUUUGUUGAAAUGAAGGAUUUCAUGAAGGAGGUGAUCACGAUGUUCCACGUUGGGCCUGACAGAGUACGGUUUGGAGUCGUUCAGUACUCAGACAGAAUUAUCAGCCGGCUUUUACUCAGCCAGCAUGACAGCGUGGCAGAGCUGAGGACAGCCAUCGACGACAUACAGCAGGAAGGAGGCGGUACCACAACCGGUGAGGCCUUAAGAGAAAUGGCCGUGGUCUUCGAAAACACUGCCAGAAUCGGUGUUGCCCGGUACCUCAUCGUCAUCACUGACGGUCAGUCUUCAGACCCGGUGGCUGAGGCUGCCCAGAUCUUGAGGAACGUCGGAGUCAACAUCUAUGCCAUUGGCGUAAGGGAUGCUAAUACAGCCGAGCUGAAGGAAAUAGCAAGCAACAAGAUGUUCUUCAUAUAUGAGUUUGACUCCUUGACAGACAUUCAGCAGGAAGUCAUUCGGGACAUCUGCUCCUCAGAGGGCUGCAAGAGCCAGAAGGCUGAUAUCAUCUUCUUGAUGGACGGCUCAGAGUCCAUCGCCCCUAAAGACUUCGAAAGGAUGAAGGAAUUCAUGGAGAGGAUGGUGAACCAGUCUAAUAUUGGUGCUGAUGAGAUUCAGAUCGGCCUUCUGCAGUUCAGCUCCGCUCCUCGAGAAGAGUUCACUCUCCACCGGUACGCCUCAAAGGUGGACAUGCGCAGAGCCAUCUGGGGCGUGGAACAGAUGAACGAUGGGACCCGUACUGGGAAAGCCUUGAAUUUCACGCUGCCUUUUUUUGACAGUUCAAGAGGAGGGAGACCUAGUGCUCAUCAGUAUUUGAUUGUGAUCACCGACGGGGUCUCCCAGGAUAAUGUAGGCCCCCCAGCCAAAGCCCUCAGGGACAGAAACAUAAUUAUUUUUGCUAUCGGGGUGGGAGAGGCCCGGAGAGCCCAGCUUUUGGAGAUCACUAACGACCAGGGCAAAGUGUACCAUGAAGAAAAUUUUGAGUCUCUGCAGAACCUGGAAAAGGAAAUUCUUUAUGAGGUCUGUAGUCCCCAAGGAUGUGGCAUGGAUUUGUCUGUAGGAGUUGAUAUCUCAACUUCUUCAGAGCGAGCCCAGCAGGAACUUCGCAGCUUGCUGCCCGGGUUGAUGCAACAGCUGGCCCUGCUUUCUACAGUCAGCUGUGACGCUGUGGGCCAAAUGGACCUGAGGUUCCGCUAUGUGGUUCCGGGCUUCAGCGGCCAGCUUGCCUUUGACUCAGGCUUUGACAAGUACAGCGAUGAGAGUGUCCGGAAGUUCUUGGUGCACCAGAGUUCUGUGAACAACCACAUGGAUGCAGGCUUUCUGCAGUCCCUGGGGGACACUGCCAUCCACCUGUCUUUUGCUAAAGUGAAGGUCCUUUUAGUGCUUUCAGACGGACUUGAUGAUGACCUGCAACGCCUGAAGAGAACCUCAGAGCUCCUUCGCAGCAGAGGACUCUCGGGCCUCCUGCUCAUCGGUAUGGAAGGCGCACCUAAGUUAGAAGAGCUGCAGGAGCUGGAGUUCGGCAGAGGGUUCACGUACUGGCAGCCUCUGAGCACCAGUCUGCUGUCCCUCCCAAGCGUCUUACUCAAGCAGCUCGACACAAUUGUGGAGAGGACGUGUUGUCACGUGUAUGCCAAGUGUUAUGGAGAGGAUGGUCUCAGGGGUGAUCCUGGGAGUCGCGGGAGGGAGGGAGAGAGGGGUCUGGACGGGCGUCCCGGCCAUCCUGGUGAAGACGGUGACUAUGGACAGAGAGGCCCCCGGGGUCUUCCUGGACUUCGAGGUGAGACGGGAUGUCCAGGUGUGAGAGGACCUAAGGGAGCAAGAGGAUUUUCAGGAGAAAAGGGCAGCCCAGGUGAGGACGGUGCUGCUGGCUUAGAUGGAGAACAGGGUGAUUGUGGAGCCAAAGGGUUGUCUGGAGAGAAAGGAAGCAGAGGCAACAGGGGUUUGACAGGACUGCCUGGACAAGCUGGACAUCGUGGGGAGCCUGGGCUGAGGGGAGAUCCCGGAGACCCUGGAACUAAUAAUUCCAUCCAAGGCCCCAAGGGAGAAAAGGGAAGGCGUGGCCAUCAGGGAAGUUCCGGUUUCCAUGGACCUCUCGGGGAAACAGGCAGCAUGGGACCUCGGGGGUCACGUGGAAGAACUGGCCUGCCAGGGUUGAAGGGUGUGCGUGGAGAGGCUGGUGAGCUGGGUUUCCAAGGAGAGCCUGGGUAUCCAGGACCACAGGGGCUCAGAGGAAGGCAAGGAACACCAGGAAUUUUUGGUCAAAAAGGGGUUCUGGGCGCCCAGGGGAAUCCUGGGCCUCCAGGGCCAAAUGGCUCAAGAGGACCAGCUGGACCCAGAGGAAUAAAGGGAGAUCUCGGUCAUGCAGGAGAAAGAGGUCCACUGGGUCAGCAAGGACCACGAGGGCAGCCUGGUCUAAUUGGUCCAGAUGGUUACGGUUUCCCGGGAAGAAAAGGGAAGAAGGGCGAACCUGGAUUCCCUGGCUAUCCUGGUGUGCAAGGAGAAGACGGUAACCCGGGCCGUGGAGGAGAGAAGGGGGCCAAGGGAACCCGAGGGAAGAGGGGUAAUUCUGGCUUUCCUGGGUUUGCUGGAACUCCGGGUGACCAAGGCCCGCCAGGAAAAAUGGGCAUCAAGGGCUCAAAAGGUUUGGUGGAUAGGACGCCUUGCGAAAUUGUUGAUUUCAUGCGAGGGAACUGCGCUUGUUCAAAAGGUGUUUCCAGAUGCCCAGCGUUCCCCACGGAAGUGGUCUUUGCCUUGGACAUGUCCAACGAUGUCUCCCAGCCGGACUUUGAGAGGAUGAGAAGCAUUUUAUUAUCUCUGUUGAUGAAGCUGGAAAUGAGUGAGAGUAACUGCCCAGUUGGUGCCCGAGUGGCCAUUAUUUCUUAUAAUACAAGGACAGAUUACCUCGCGCGCUUCCCAGACCAUCAGAGAAAAGCUGCCCUUCUACAGGCUGUCAGGAAAAUCCCCCUCGAACGCUCAUCUGGGUUCCGGAACCUUGGGGCGACCAUGAGGUUUGUGGCUAGGCACGUAUUCAAACGUGUGCGCUCGGGCCUUCUGGUGAGGAAGGUGGCCGUGUUCUUCCAGGCCGGUGGGAACUAUGACACGACCUCCGUCAGUACAGCCAUGCUGGAGCUCCACGCAGCGGACAUUGAUACAGCAGUCGUGACCUUCACGGAGGAGCACAACCUCCCAGACUCCUUGCUGGUGGACGGACUCAACAGAUUUCACCUGUUUACAUGGGAGGCAGAGGGCCAGCAAGACGUGGAUGGCCUGGCCAGCUGUACUCUCUGCUACGACAAGUGCCGACCUGCCCCAGAAUGCCUGCCAGAUGCUCCCAGGCCCCAGGAGUUGGACAUGGACUUGGUGUUCCUGGUGGACAGCUCCCAGGGCGUCAGCAAGGACAUAUACCUGGGGGCUUUGAGGCUAGUGGACGAGGUGCUCAAGGACCUGGAGGUGGCUGAACAGCCCGGCGCGUCCUGGCGCGGGGCACGCGCAGCACUGGUGACACACACAACCCCAGGCUUUCGGCCUGGUGUGGAUCAAGCCCCUGUGCUUGAGUACUUCCACCUGACCUCCCACGGCCACCGGACACAGAUGCAAAGGCAGGUCCGAGAGGCUGCGGGCCGCCCGCUACAGGGAGCCCCUGCCUUGGGCCACGCCCUGGGGUGGACACUGGAAAAAGUGCUCCUGGCAGCCACGCAGCCGCGUAGGUCCCGGGUCCUCUUUGCCAUCGUGGCCAGUGAGACAAGCAGAUGGGACAGAGAGACGCUGAGGACUCUGUCCCAGGAGGCCAAGUGCGAGGGCAUCACACUGUUCGUGCUGGCUGUGGGCCCGGGAGUGGGAGCCCACGAGCUGGCCGAGCUGGCCAAAGUAGCCAGUGCACCCUCCGAGCAGCACCUGUUACGCCUGGAGGGCGUCUCAGAGGAGGAGGUAGCCUAUGCCAGCAGAUUCACGCAGGCCUUCCUGAGCCUUCUGAAGAGUGGAAUGAACCAGUAUCCACCCCCAGAGCUUGUGAAGGAGUGUGGAGGCCCAGACCGUGGGGACACCUUGCUGCAAUUAGUCACUCCGAGCAACAGGUUGUCCAAGCGCCAGGCUGGCACACCUGCCUUUGCUUAUGACUCAGAAGAUCUCAAGUCACUGGAUAUUUUUCCAGAAGAGAAGAGGAAAAGCAGGAUGGCCUCUAGAGCUCUGCAAGAAGCACUGGGAAGUUAUGAAAAGAACAAGAUGGACGCGGAAGAAAAUGGUCAAGAAAUGCCAGCAGAAGAACGGCGUUUGGGCGCUGCCUACAGAGAGACACCAAACCAUGGUGUCCUUGCUCUCUAAGUUGGAUUCAUUUAAAACAAACAAACAAAAAAAAACACUUCAUCUUUAAAUAAAAUUUCUGUGUACUGUG